AUUUCCACAGUCUGUCCCUCCUAGAAAACCACCCAACAUCCUAAUAUUGCUUUUUUCCUUUGCCAAUUUGAUCUAAACAGUCCGAGUUACGCUGGCAAGUGUCAUUAUGAUCCAAUGACGUUAGGUAUAAGGUAGGUAGGUAUAUCUAAGAUAUACCUGCCUACUGAACUUCGCUUUUCACCGGGGCUAGUACCCGUCCUUUAUGUGUAGCUAAGAUGAACAAUUCGACUACGACAGACGACAAUAAGAAUGUGGGAAACACGGAUGGACAAUGCUACACUUGCGGGCGUCGUUGCGACGAUGAUCUCCUUCCUCGCGCUGAUCGUUUCUUCUGUUCAACUACUAUAUCAGUAUUAUACGAAUGUAUCCCUAAACGCCCUCGGUGCGAGGAAUUGUAACGAAAUAGUGAAGGGCCCUUGGGCUAAGUUUACUCGCAGACGAUGGCGCUGGUCGGAAUUGCGAUCUGAAACUAUCUUCGAGUCACCCUUUCUAUUCAUGAACUCAGCUUCUAAUCAUGACCGAGAGCCUCUUCCAUUACAGGAUAUUUGGUAUAUAGACGGGAGCCAAAAAAGCUACGAAGAAACUCGAACUCCGCUACCAGAGGACCUCAGUCCCGCUUACGAGACGGCCCCUACACUCAUUCACCAGGGCGUCAAUAUCGAGGCUACGUGGGUAUUGUUACUACGAACAUUGCAAUCCACGGAGCAGGAGAGCACAAGAUGGAACGAGACAAGACGCAGCUUUGGCAACUACGAGAAACCACUACCUUUGGAGACUAGACCAUUGGCUGUCGGCGUUCAGGUCCAAUAGCCGCAUCUCAGAGAGUUACUGGAGACGACUUUAUACAGACAUCACCGACACCGGAGACAACGGCAACAGCUACUGUUGAGAUCUUCAGUCACAGUUUCGGAUCUAAUCUGAUUAGUAUAUACCGCUCUAGCAUCGACUACCGCCACUUCCAUUGCGCCAAGUAGUACUUUAGGAGUUGCCAAUAGCGGUAGCAGCUUGCAAACAAGACUCAGAUUACUAUGCUCGCUGACUCAUGCCAUAGAUCCUAAUGACUCUGAACCAGCCAGGGCCAGAACUAACAAAUAUUUACAUUGUUAACAGGCACUGCUAAGUCAUCAUUUUAUCGUGCGAAAAGUAAGGUUAGGA